GUGUGGCUGUCUCUGUGGUUUCAAUUCUUCCGUAUGACACUAUUUUCCAUAAGUGAAAAUGAAACUCCGGAUCUCUUGAUACUUAUGCUUGCCAGUACUCCUAUUUCACGGUAGUUUCACAAGAUCAAAGGCCUCUUAUGUUAGCGGCACAGCUGUGCAGUGUGUGAUUUUAACUCUCAUAGGACCACUGACCAGCACUAUGAGUGCACCAGACAGUGAGAUUCUGCUUGAAAGUGAACUAAGGAAGCUGGAGUGUUACCACACCUGGGGCCUAAAGAAAGAAGACACAGAUCUCAACUUCCUGGAGGUCAAGUUUAGUGAGAAUAUCCUGAUCAGACAAGAAUACAUCGGUAAUUUUCAACAAAAUGGACUCAACUUUUUGGCCUACAUCAAAUUCUUGCAGGGCUACAAUGCAAAGUCCCUUGAAUACCUUAAACUAGCACUGCAGAAAAAUAGUGCCUUUGCUAAAAAAUGUGCUGUGACCUAUGCAAACUUGGCCUGGGUGCAUCACCAUAUGGGAGAUGCUGCAGCAGCCAAGUCCUACAUCCAGAGAGUAAGGGAGACUUACGACACCGUCCCUGGGACUGGGAGCUCGCCAGCAGCUCUGCCCCGGGAGGUGCUCAGUGAAAAGGCCUGGGCUCUCAUGCACUUCACUAAAAAGCCCUACUACUACACCCAAUCCAAAGAGCUCUUCCAAGAGGCCCUGCUAAAAGAACCAGACGACAAGGAGUGGAACACAGGGUACGCCUUCGCCCUGUUCCGCCUCGAGGGUCAGGAGACCAGAGAGGACAAGAGGCUUCCCGUGGAGGUCUCCCCUGCGGUACAGCAGCUCAAAAAAGCCCUGCUCCAUGACCCGGGAAACCCCAUGCUUUAUAUUUAUCUGGGCCUGAAGUGCUAUAAGAACGGACGGAACGCUGAGGCCUGGGGGCACAUGACAAAAUCCCUCAACAUGGCACCGGACAACCUGACUAUUGUUCUACAUGUGGCCAAGUUCAUGAAGAAGGUGCACUCAUUUGACAGGGCACUGCACAUACUGCUAAGCAUCCUGAAGAGGGCGCCAAACUCCUCUCGCUUGCACCAUGAAAUUGGCAACAACUACCGCUGGCAAGCAAUAAGAAUGGGAGAACCUCACAACCCCAAAAACAUUGCACGGUGCAUUUUCCAUUUUGAGGAAGGGGCUCGCCUCAAUCCAUCUUACAUAUACCCUCAGGCGGAGUUGGCACUAAGGUAUGCAGAGGCGAAAAACGCUGAGGAAGCAGAGAGAAAAUUCCAUAAACUGUUUGCCCUUCCUGACCUUCAGCCUAAAGACCUUCAGGCCUGCCACCGCAUGUAUGGCGACUUUCACCUGUAUCACCUUGGUGCAGAAGCCACUGCUGUCAAGCACUACAAGCUCGGAAUGAAUCUCCAGAACAUCUCAACAGAGUGGAAGCAGUGCCGCACACGCCUUUUCAAAAUCCGGCGUUCUGAUCACGGAAACUUCUAUAAGAUUCCUGAAUUCAUAGAUUCUUUCAGGACGGCAGAGGAGCAAGUUCAUACGCAUACAGCGGGCCAUUACUCUGCUGAGGGUGUGUCCUGUAAAUGAAUACCAUACAUCAUCAGUCAUCCAUCUUAAAGUAAUCAGAUGAAGAAAUGUAUAAUUUCUUUAUGUAUUUUCCGAAGUAGGCUGUUUUUCCUGUUGUUUAAUAUGCAAUAUUGUUAAAGUUAACGUAAUAAUGUAAUGUUAUGGUUACCCUAAGGCGGGCAAAUUAAUGGUCUAAUGAAAAUACAGAUCUACACAAAUUGCAACAUGUGAACUGGACUAAAAUGUCAAUAUGCUUCUUCAUUUUUCUCUUUUUUUACGAGACUGCUUUAGACAUGGUGCAUUGGUCAUAAACCAGCUAUUUCUACCAUUUGGAGCAACAGUUUUAGACUUUUUAAAUACAGAAAGUGUAUUUUUCCAUUCUUCCAAAAGGAGCGCUUUCUUGGCACCAUCACCUCAUGCUUGCUGUAAGUGGUUCAGGCCAUGAAUUUCCCCUUGGGGAUCAAUAAAGUAUCUAUCUAUCUAUCUAUCUAUCAUUGGCUCUGUAAAGUGUAUGCCAUUAUAAUAGGUGUAGGCCUAUGUAAAUGAUAAGGCCACAAUUGCAUUUUACUAAGAUUGUGUGAGAGUGCACUGUGAAGAAAACUAUAGUGGCCUUUAUGAUGACUGCUGUCAGCUACCCUGUGCUAUGUAGGCAUACUGUAUGACUUGAUGUGCACAAAACAUAAUUCUGAAAACAGCAACUGGAAAACUGCCCCAUACAUGUGCCUCAUUGUAUCUCAGUCGAAGCAGAACUUAGACAGUAUAUUAGCAGUCGGAUAGGACCACUUGUGUCUACAAACAUCAAGAUAUUUGCACUUUCAGUAAUUACCAGAUGCAGGCUAAGUAAUUUAAGUUAGGCUUAUGUUGACUGGCCUUUGCAUUCUCAUCUGACCAAACACAUCACACUGCUGUAUAAUGAUGCAAGUUUAUGAAUUCUGCACUGUUGAAACUGUCAUACAAUAAAACAUGAUUGUCC